UUUUCAAUUUUAUGUGAUAAAAAUUUCAAAAAGAAAUGGUGGGAUGUGGGAUGAUUGAGGAUGCCGCAUGUAGAUUUGACUUCGUAGCUCCUAGAUGAGAAAGGAAGAACAGGGGCAAGGUCUUUUCCGUAAUCUUCGACGAAUCUUGGAACUUGUGCGCUGCCCCGUUUGACCGGGUGAUGGCAUAAAAGAUCGUUCAUCACUUUCUAUCCUACUGGCGCUGCCCCGGAGAUAUAGAAAAAGAGAGAGGAGAGAGCUUUGUAUCCAUGGAGUCGUCGUUCAAGGCGGAUAUUUUGAAAGGCAAGGUCGCCCUAUUGACGGGAGGUGGCUCCGGAAUCGGGUUCGAGAUUUCAACCCAGUUCGGUAAACAUGGAGCUUCUGUCGCUGUUAUGGGUAGACGCAAGUCCGUGCUUGAUUCUGCUGUCGCCACACUCCAGUCCCUUGGAAUUCCGGCUGUUGGCUUUGUGGGGGAUGUUCGCAAACAGGAAGAUGCAAAGAGGGUUGUCGAAUCCACUGUCAAGCAUUUUGGCAGGGUUGACAUUCUUGUGAAUGCUGCAGCGGGCAAUUUUCUAGUAUCAGCAGAGGAUUUGUCUACUAAUGGGUUUCGAACAGUUAUGGAUAUUGAUUCUGUUGGCACAUUUACAAUGUGCCGUGAAGCUCUUCCAUAUCUUAAGAAAGGGGGACCUGGAAGGGAUUCUUCUAAUGGUGGAACAAUUUUGAAUAUAAGUGCCACUUUGCAUUAUACAGCAUCUUGGUAUCAAAUCCAUGUAUCUGCAGCCAAGGCAGCUGUUGAUGCCAUUACAAGAAACUUGGCGUUGGAAUGGGGAAGUGAGUAUGAUAUAAGAGUCAAUGGGAUUGCACCAGGCCCCAUUGCUGAUACUACUGGCAUGAGUAAACUAAUACCUGAGGAGAUAAAUAGCAAAGCUGGAAAUAACAUUCCUCUAUUUAAACUAGGGGAGAAAUGGGAUAUUGCUAUGGCUGCUCUCUACCUUUCAUCUGAUGCUGGUAAAUACAUCAACGGAACCACUCUUAUAGUUGAUGGAGGACUUUGGCUGAGCCAGCCUCGCCGGUUGCCGAAGGAAGCAGUGAAGCAACUUUCUCGAGUGGUGGAAAAGAGGGUCAGAAAUGCACCUGCUGGACUCCCAACCAGCAAGCUUUGACGCUGUAGAAUCACAUAUUAUCACUGUGAAGCCUGUUGUAGGCAAAAUGUAAUAAGUGAUGUACAAUGAAUUAGUAGUAUCAUGAAAUGAAAGCUGGUUCGUGUAAUCAUAAUAAAGAUUGGAUUUAAAUCA